GUCUUUACUUUCUCUCUCUACAUUUCACUGUUCUUCAUCUUUAAAGCUUCGAUCUUUAAAUCUCCGUCACGAAUCUGAAGCAAAAUCCGACUGGUAAUCGAACUUCAGAGAUGAUUGUUUAAAGAUUUCUUUCAGUUUUGAUGUUUUUUUCCGACUUCAGGUUCAUAACAAUGGCGUACACUUUUCCGGAGGAAGUUUUGGAGCAUGUUUUCUCGUUUAUUCAGUCGGACAAGGACCGGAACGCGGUGUCCAUGGUGUGCAAGUCGUGGUACGAAAUCGAGAGAUGGUGCCGGCGGCGGAUCUUUAUAGGUAACUGUUACUCUGUGAACCCUACGAUUAUGACGAGGAGAUUCCCGGAGGUUAGAUCUAUUGAGUUGAAAGGAAAACCGCAUUUUGCUGACUAUAAUCUGGUUCCGGAUGGUUGGGGAGGUUAUGUUAAGCCUUGGAUUACUGCUAUGGCGGAGUCGUAUCCUUGGCUGGAAGAGAUUAAGCUUAAGCGUAUGGUGGUUACUGAUGAGAGUUUGGAGAUGAUUUCUCGUUCUUUUAAGAAUUUUAAGGUACUUGUUUUGUAUUCGUGCGAGGGUUUUACAACAGACGGACUUGCAUCUAUUGCUGCUAAUUGCAGGAAAUUGAGGGAGCUGGAUUUGCAGGAGUGUGAAGUGGAUGAUUUCAGUGGGCACUGGAUCAGCCAUUUUGGAGAAAACUGCACAACAUUGGUGUCCCUUAACAUUGCUUGUUUAACCUCUGAAUGGACUUCAUCUGUUUUGGAUCGUCUUGAGCGACUUGUGACUAGGUCUCCUAAUCUGAAGAGUCUCAUCCUCAACCGUGCUGUUCCACUUGACAGGCUUUGCCAACUCAUUAAGAGGGCUCCUCAGCUCAAUGAGUUGGGUAUUGGCACAUUUUCAGCUGAAAUUCGACCAGAUUUGUUUUUAAGCCUUACAGAAGCAUUCUCAGCCUGUAAGGAUUUCAAGAGUCUUUCCGGUAUUUGGGAUGUGGUUCCAUCAUACCUCCCAUCUCUUUAUCCAAUCUGUUCUCGUCUCACAUCGUUGAACUUGAGCUUGGCAACUAUCCCGAGUCCUGACCUUGCAAAGAUUAUCAGUAACUGCUCCAAUAUGCAGAAACUAUGGGUGCUGGAUUACAUUGAAGACUCUGGUCUUGACAUUGUCGCUGCAACGUGCAAAGAUCUGCAAGAAAUUAGGGUUUUCCCCUCGGAUCCGUUUGCCCCUGAAGCAAAUGUUGUGUUAACAGAACAAGGGCUGGUUUCUGUUGCAGAAGGCUGCCCUAAGCUUCAGUCAGUUUUAUAUUUCUGUCGCCAAAUGACGAAUUCGGCCUUAAUCGCCAUUGCUAAUAGCCGCUCAAACCUCACCCGUUUCCGUCUUUGCAUACUGGAGCCACACACACCCGAUUACAAUACACUGGAGCCGCUGGAUGUAGGUUUUGGAGCCAUCGUGGAGAAAUGCAAGGACUUGCGUCGUCUUUCCCUAUCGGGUCUGCUGACCGAUAGAGUGUUUGAAUACAUUGGGGGUCAUGCUAAAAAACUGGAGAUGCUUUCAAUUGCGUUUGCUGGAGAUAGCGACAUGGGUCUCCACUAUGUGUUGUCUGGAUGCGAAAGCUUGAAGAAACUGGAGAUUAGAGACUGCCCUUUUGGGGAUAAGGCACUUCUAGCUAAUGCUGAAAAGCUGGAGACAAUGCGAUCCCUUUGGAUGUCUUCUUGCCCGGUGAGCUUUGAAGGGUGUAAAAUUCUUAGUAAGAAGAUGAAGAGGCUUAAUGUUGAAGUUAUGGAUGAAGGUGGUUCUCAGGAUUCUAGACCCGAAGGUCCUCAUGUGGAGAAGCUUUACGUUUACAGAACGGUUUGUGGGCAGAGGUGUGAUAUGCCUGGGUUUGUUUGGACUAUUGAUAAAAGGUCGUCUUCAUCAUCAUCAUUGGAGGAAGGGGGGAUUUAUCAAGAAGAAGAAGAAGAAGAUGAAGAUGAGUUCCUUCAAUAGAUGAAAAUGGAUGGUUAAGGUACUAUUUCUACUACUACUACUACUACUAGUUUCUUCUUCUUUUUAUUAUCAAAGGCUGUAUAUUUAUUUAUGGAUAAUUUGAAGUAGUUUCCUUUCAUGGAAUAAAGCUAGCAGCAUCAGCAGAUAUGUGCUGCUGAUUGAACUAACUUUGAUUCAAACAAGGCCUUUUUUAAUCUUUCACUUUUAUUAUAUGUGCUUCUUUAUUAA